GAGACACAGGAGGAGGACCCUGGUGCUGUGCUGAAGCCCUUGGAGGCGAGCUUGAAGGAGUCCAUUGAGGUGUUCAAGAAGAGGGUCAACGAGACGAAGCAAGGCACAGCGAACGCCAACAUCUUUGAUAAGCUGGAGGUUCCCGUGGCCCAUAAAGAGGUGUAUCCGUUCACGUCAGUGGCCCAGACCUCUUUGAAAGGCCGUAACCUCAUCAUCACGGUGUUUGACCCUAACAAUGUCAAGCACGUUGUGUCGUCGGUGCUGGGUUCUGGUCUCAACAUGAAUCCUCAGCAGGUGCCAAACUUCCCUCAGCAGCUGAAGGUUGCGCUUCCACCACCAACAGCAGAGACGAGAAGUGAAAUCCUCGCAGCCUUGAAGAGGGACUUUGAACACUUCAAGCAGAGUCCUUCGAAGCACUCGCUGGGCUCUGCUAGACAGCAUGCUCUAAAGCAAUUGAAAGGCUUUGAAAAGAAGAACGACAAGGUGAAGAAGGUGUUGCAAGACGUGGAAAAGAUCUACAAGAAGUAUCUCGAUGAGCUACAGACCCAGUUCAAAGCAGCUGAAAAGAGUGUU